AUGAAGGCCACCACCAUCGCUCUCUGCUCCCUGCUCGUGGUGAGCGCCUCCGCCGCACCGCUCGAUGCCCACCAUGAGCAUAAAGUGACCGUUGCGCUCUCGAACGACCACUCGGGCGCCUACACCGGCGUAACCAUCCCCGCCGAUCACACCGACCGGAGCAUCACCUCGCUCUUUGGCGAAACCGCCGUCGGAUCGGAAGGCACCGUCUAUGCGUCGUCUGCGCAGCUGACUGCGUUCCCGCAGACCAUUUCGUGUGUCCUGGCCAGAUAUGGGACUCCGAUUGCCACCCUGACUGCGCAGCACACCUUCGCCGAUUUGGAUGGUAACCCCGGUGCCAGCACCCCGGUUAACUUGCACGAUGCGGUGAUCAACUGCCAUGUUUGA